AUGACGAAGAACGAAAUCGACGGCUCGGAAAAGUACGAUGUCGAUCUGAUGCAGGAUGUGCCCCAGACCCACCUCGCCCCUGAGCAGGAGGGUUUGAAGCGUGAUCUUCGUCUUCGCCACAUGAUCAUGAUUGCUGUUUCGGGAACCAUCGGUACCGGUCUCUUCUUGACCUCCGGAAACACCAUCGCCACCGCCGGACCUGGUGGUGCUUUGCUCGCAUACGUCUUGAUCGGUCUCUGGUUGGUCUUUGUCUGCCAGGCUAUCGGUGAGGUUGCCACCCUUCUCCCCCUCCCCGGUGCAUUCAACGCCUGGGGUGCCCGUGUCUUUGACGAGGCCCUUUCCUUCCAGAUGACUUGGAUGUACUUCAUCAACUGGGCUUUGACCAUUCCCGCAGAGUUGGCUGCCGCCGCUGUCAUUGUCGAGUUCUGGAUUGGCAAGGAUUCGUCUUUCCCUUCCUGGGUCGUUCCUCUCAUCAUCAUUCUCAUCAUGAUUGUGAUCAACGUUACUGGAGUGAAAGCAUAUGGUGAGAUCGAAUACUGGCUGUCCAUCUUGAAGGUUUUUACCAUCUUGAUGUUCAUCGUCUGCGGUAUCCUCGUCGACGCCGGUGCUAUCGGUGGUGUCACUUAUGGUUUGAAGUCCUGGUCGCACGGCGAUGCUCCUUUCGUCGGUGGCUUCCUUGCCUUUGUCAAGGUCCUUGUCUCUGUCGGUUACGCCUAUGGUGGUUCCGAGAUGACCGGUGUUACCGCUGCCGAGUCCCGCAACCCCCACAAGCACGUUCCUAAGGCCGUCAACACUGUCUUGAUCCGCAUUGCUGGUUUCUACAUCUCGUCCGUCUUCUUGCUCGGAGCCAUCGUCAACUACGAUGAUCCCGCCCUCCAGAACUCUGAAAAGUCUGCUGCCAAGGCCCCCUUCACUCUCGUCUUUGUCAAGGCCGGAAUCAACGCUGCUGCCAAUUACAUGAACGCCGUCGUCUUCACCUCCAUCUUCUCGGCCAUCAACUCUGACUUCUACGUCGCCACCCGCAUGUUGCUGUCACUCGCCCGUAACGGCUGGGCCCACAAGUCGAUCGGUUACACCAACUCUCGCGGUGUCCCCAUGGUCGCUCUUGCCAUUGUCACCUCGUGCUCGUGCUUGUCCUUGGUCACCAUCUUCGUCGGAUCCGGUGUCGUCUUCAGCUGGUUCGUCUCCAUCAUCGGUUCCAUCAUUUUCCAGUCCUGGAUCUUGAUUCUUCUCAUCCACUUCCGUUUCCGUUACUGCUGGAAGGCACAAGGUCGCGCCGUCAAUGACCUCCCCUACGUCUCCUGGGGCUACCCUUACGGCAACAUCAUUGCCACCUUCAUCGGUAUCUGCUGCAUCAUUGGAACUUGCUACCUGUCUGUCAUUGACCCUCCUGUUAACCCCGGUGAUGGUGCCACUGAGGAGGCUAUCAAGGCGUUCAAGGCUGCUCGUGACGGAUAUGCCCAGGGUCUCUUGGGUGCCUGGUUCCCCUGGGUCCUGUCUGCCAUCCUCUUCUUCUCCUACAAGUACACCCGUGGCACCAAGUUGGUCAAGGCCGAGGAGGCCGAUCUCGACACUGGUCGCUUCAUUCCCUCCGAGUCUGACAAAGAGGACUUGGAGGUCAAGGGUCCCAUCUGGAAGCGUGCCCUCAAGUUCAUCAUCUAA